UGUCAUUCGGUGAAGUUCGGCACGGCAACAGCACGCAUUUGGAAUUUGACGUGUGACGUCUAACAGCUGCAGCCAAAAAUUCGGUUGCAGAUUGGUGGUGUAUAGAAAUAAAGACAGUCGGUAAUGAAAUAGUGAUUAAAAUGGCAGAAAGUAAAGGUGCGCUAAUUGCGAAAUCAGUGCAAAAACAUGCCGGACGAGCGAAGGAAAAGCUCCUCCAGAACCUGGGCAAAGUGGACCGGACUCUGGACGACAUCUUCGAGGAACACCUGCAGAACUUCAACCGACAGCACCAGCAGGCCACAAGGCUACAGAAAGAGUUUAAUAACUACAUAAGAUGUAUAAGAGCGGUGCAAACAGCUUCCAAAUCCCUGAUGGAAGCCAUCACAGAAGUGUACGAGAGCGGUUGGUCGGGCCACGACCUGCUGUACGUGCAAGCGCAGAACAUGGAGAUGCUGUGGCAGGACUUCUCGCACAAGCUCGGCGACCAAGUGCUCAUACCGCUCAACACAUACACCAACCAGUUCCCUGAAGUCAGAAAAAAAGUAGAGAAGCGUGGGCGCAAACUAGUGGACUACGACAGCCAAAGGCACAGCUUCCAGAACCUCCAGGCGAACGCGGCGAAGAGACGGGAUGACGUUAAGGUGACAAAGGGCAGAGAACAGCUAGAAGAAGCCAAGAGGACCUACGAAGUACUAAACUCGGAAUUGCACGACGAACUGCCAGCGCUGUACGAUUCACGCGUGCUGUUCUACGUCAACAACCUGCAGACGCUCUUCUCGGCUGAACAACUUUUCCAUGCGGAGAGCUCCAAGGUGUUCGCCGAACUAGAAGCGAUCACAGACAAGCUGGCAAAUGACUGCCAGCGCGGGUCGUACAGCAAGAAGGCCAUCGCCAACAACGUGCCGCAGACAAACAACGCCAACGUCAACUCGCACAACGGAAACGCGCCGUCGCCCACCAACACCGUACAGACGCCUCCCUCGCCCGCGCUCAACGGCGACGGGCCCCCCAAGGUGGCCCCCGAGGCCCCCGUGGCCACCUCUGCCCCUGUGGCCCCCGAGGCCCCCGCAGACACGCCUCCAGACUCGCCCGCACCUGAGGCCCCCGCCCGACAGAACUCUGAAGAUAAGACAAACGACGAACACAACGACAAGAAGGUGGAAGAGUUGUACGAUAUACCCGUCGGGACAAGCUCGCCGGUCGCGCCGGAGAAACUCAAUAAUAACGGCGAGGAGCGCCCCGUAGUCGAACCCAAACGGGAGCCGCGGGACAAGGACGGAGAUAACAAGCCUGAGGGAGCGAGCAGGACGGACGAGGUCUAUGACAUACCUGUCGGGGCGACACUGGCCGGGCUGCCCGCGGGCACAUUGUACCGCGUGCGCGCCACGUACCGCUACACGCGCGAAGACUCCGACGAGCUGUCCUUCGACGUGGGUGACGUCAUCCGCGUCGUGGAGUACGAUGACCCUGAUGAACAGGAGGAGGGCUGGCUAAUGGGCAUCAAGGAGACGACGAACGAAAAGGGAAUGUUCCCGGCCAACUUCACGCGGCCGAUAUGAGCCACCGCGAGCCAACUCCGCCAUGCCCCGUAGGAGGCGCUUACGAGAUGCGAAACGUACGCGUUAAUAUAACCGAUGUAAGUAGACGACUUGACGACCACACUUCAAAGUAAAAUUGCAUCUGUGUAAUGGUAAUAACUGCGAUUUUGCUACCGUAGCUGUACCAUCGCUCUGGUUAGUCACUUAAUGCUGCAAAUUGAACCUUAAAUGAACUAGAAUUUAAAACUCAAUCAAAUUAAUGUAUGGGCGUCGUAGAAACGCCUUUAAAUGAGCAAUAAUGUUAAUCUUAGGCUGAGUUGCACCACCUAUCUAGUCGACGAUAACCGGUGGUUUUUUUAUGGCGUUUGACAGAUUUUUGACGUUUGUCAAAGUUAAAGUAAGAUGGUGCAACCCAGCCUUAAAAACUAGAAGCGUACCUUUGGCAUCUCGUCUAAGCAGCCUGCCCCACAAAGGAAGUGUUCCGCGAUUUCACCAACACUAUUCCCGCCAAAUAAUGACACUAUCAUUAUUCCCAAUAAUGACACCGGGUGUCAUUAUUUAACUAUAAUGAAACUAUCAUUAUUCGACGCUAAACGCCCAACACUUCAACUUUUUAGUCUUUAGUUGUUGAAUGUUAAUAGAAAUCUAUUAUUUAUUAUUAUUUUGUGUUGUAUCGCAACGAAUUAUGAAUAAUGUCUUACCCGUUAUUUAACAAUUUUGAAACGAUUUAUGAUUUUGUAUAUACAGACUAUACAGUGUUUAUCAACAGGUAGCCACUACGCCAGGUGUAGGGAAACAUUGUAUAUCGAUUUUAUUUAUGACUUCAUUUCGAUCAAUUUUAAUGAGCAAUAAUUGUUUAAAUCAAUCAUAAUCAGGUGACUCGCUUCGACUUUUAUGACUUGUUAUUAUAAAAAAUAAAUUGUAAUUUAUAUUUGAAUUAACGCUCAAUGGCUUAUGAUAGAUUUAGUCAAUGUUAUGACAAUAAAACAUUUUGUUCGUUAAUGAUUUGGGCGAAAUUUUUAAAGUGAAUGCUCACCGAAUAAAGAUUUUUAUAUUAUUGUAAUUGGAAAAGUGACCUUAUCAUAAAAUAUAUGAGCAUAUUUCUGUUGUAAUUUCUACCAGUAUUAUAUUUAUCUGGCACUUUUGACGGCUUUCAACUUCAGUCAUAUAAUAUACAAAAAUCAACUUUAACAUACGAAAAUUAGUUAAGUAUUGUAUUUAUUUAACUAAUACAUUGUUUCUUUUUCAAUCUAAACGUAUAUUCGAUGCGAGAACAAUCAUUAACUUGUCGAAAUUCAACCUUCUGUCUACAUUUCCAUCGAUACAUUGCAUUUCAUUAUGAAUAGCGAUUAUAUGCAUUUCGAAAAUAUCUUUUAAACACAUUAUCUAGCUGUAGAUACGUAUCCAAACCCCUAACAAUGACGUCUUUACCAAUUUCAUUAUCAUUAAUCAGCUAAGUUUCAAUGUAUAUAAAUAUCGUAGAGAUUUUUGUUGACCCUUAUUUUUAUUGUUAAUACAUUUUAACAUUAGUAAGUAAAAUAAUUCGAAUAUAUUAUUAUACUCCAUAGAACAAGUUUUGUUUAUAUAAGCAUAUUAUAAUUUUUUGUUAAAUUUUAACCGUAUUAUUGAACCAUUGUACUAACUUGUACUGUAAGUAUGCUUUUGAUUAACGUCAAAAACAAUUUUAAGGUUUUCCAAAUUAAUAAUAUCGACACAAAUCAUUGCUUGCUUGCCGAAAAGCUUAAAUAAAGUACAAUAAGUCAAGUUCCGUGGCAAAAAAUAAUCAUUUUAUAUUAAAUUCCGUACUUUUCAUUACUAUAACGAAAUUAUUGAUUUGGAAAACCUUAAUCCGAGUGAUUAAAAUGAUUGUGCCCAGAAAACGAUUGAUAUUAAAACGCCUGUGUCAAAAACGGUGCUUUGAGAUGUGUACAUAAUUUAUAUCGCGUAUUUUACAUUUUUACUCCAUAUUAGAAUAAGGAGCGAUUCAAUCGUGUGUUCUGUAUUUCAUUCAAUUUUUUCCAAAACAUUAUUUGUGCCUGUUACUGGUCGUAAUAGCUGACCGGUAAUCGAUUUUUGAAGUUCUUUUAUAACAUAUCGCUUAAAUCGAGUCUAAUUGGAAUUUAAUAUCAAAAAUAUUGACUGAUGUUUUGUAGAAAAUGUUGAAAAAGUAAGUUGCAACAUAGUUUAAGAUACUGUCCAAUGUAUUGAGAGCUGUGGCUUAUGUCAGCUGUGCCAUGCGAAGGUCCAUAAUAUAAUGUUAAUUUAUAAGUUUGUUAGGACUUGUACAGUUUUUACAACUGCAAAUAAAAUGUUUCUCACAA